AUGGAUUCUGGAUUUUACCUUAUCAUCGUCUGUCUGGCUGUAAUUUUGGAGAUGGCCAGCAGCCAACCCGCCUCCUGGUGCGAUCCGGCAUUGUGUCCGGAUGAUACUGUUCAUGUGGCCUGCAAUAACAAUGGCGACUUUCAUGAAAGAUGUUCCGAGGAUGCCACGAUGGUGGACCUGAAACCGUAUCGCUCCCUGAUCGUUGACGAACACAACAAAAGGAGGAACUUUGUGGCCUCGGGUUCCCUGCCGGGCUACUACCCGGCCACCCGCAUGGCCACCAUGGUGUGGGACGAGGAACUGGAGUAUCUGGCCACCUUGAACCUGAAAACCUGCCAUUUGGAACACGACGACUGCCGGAACAGCUACCGCUUCCGGAAUCUGGGUCAGAAUCUGUGCGGAGUGGAUCGGCCUCGUAACUGGCCCUUGAACGUGACCAACUUGGUGGAGCAGUCGAUGGGCUUGUGGUUUGGGGAGCAUCGCGUGAUCGACAGCAGCUACAUCACUGACUUUCGGGUCACCAGAAAUCUUGAAAAGUACGGUCACUUUGUGGAGACGGUGGUGGACAGAAAUACCCAUGUGGGCUGUGCCAUGAUGCGAUUCACCAAUCCCCAGUAUCCCUUCCUCUACAUCUACAACACGGCCUGCAACUACGCCAGCGUCUAUGCCAUCGGAGUUCCUGUCUACAAUGCCGGAGAACCGGCCUCCGAUUGCCGGACUGGAAGCAACCCGGACUACCCCGCCCUCUGCUCCAUCAAUCCAAACUAUAACUUAUACUAG